GCCGGGAGGGGGCGGGGCCGGGUAGGGCUUCGCGGUCCGCUGGCCAGCCGGGAGGGGGCCUUUGGCUUCCCCACCCGCCAUGGAGCGGCUGACGUUGCCUCCCGGCGGCGCGGCGGCGGUGGACGAGUACCUGGAGUACCGGAGGGCCACGCAGUUCUAUGCAGUGAUGAGUCUUCCGAUGCCAUUUAAGAGAUUCCUCUGCUGCCUUCCAAGAAGGAUGUCUAACUCCAGACUGAUACAGAGGUCCAGCUGCUCUUUAAAUGGCCAUUGAAAACAUGCACAUCGAGUACUCGGGGCUAUAGAAGUUAUCAUACAUCAAAUUAACCCAGUAAUAGGGUCAACCGUGAACUUCUGAACGCGCUCCCCACCCCGAGGUGCUGGUUUUAGGAGAAAGGCACUGACUGGUGUUUGGUGUUCUGGAGAAGCCCCUUCCGAAACUGGAAACGUAGCUCCUCCUUUGGUCUGAGGACGCGGUUCAUUGUCCUGUGUCCUGAGCGAGGAUGGUGCACCUGCAGCGACGCACUCUUUCUCCGCUUCCUGGGGUUUUUGAUCGGCCGGAAUCUGGGCGGAUGAGAAGUCCUGGAGAGGACCGCCUGAGGACGCCGAGUUGGGGCGGGAGGAUGUGUGUGUGUUCAAGCAGAGGGGAGACGCUCCAGGCUCGGCCAGGGAGGCCAGAGCGAGCGACAGGGCCUCCUCUGCGGCAUCGUGGGCGGCCCAGAUGACCCAGAGGUGUGCAGACGGCCCCCCAGCUGACUGCUCUCCCUUCGUCUGACUGCCCCGUUGGUGUAGUUUUGGGUCACCCUUAGAACUGCCUGGAGAUUCUGAGCCAGAAGAAUAAGGGCUAGGAGCUUGAUGGGGUCAGUUCCCACGACCGGUUCAGGGUCAGAACAACCAUCAUCCCGUCCUCGCCCAGAGCAGAGCCGGCUCCUUGAGCCUCCAGUUCUCCAGAGCUUUUGCCUGGGAGCAAGCUGCUGGAGCUGGUGUUGACUGAUAACUUGGAUAUUUAGAUAUGUGAAUUGUGGGCCUCCAGUUGACUCUUGCCUAGCUCCGAACAUGUUAGGGCAGACCUGGUGGGAAAUUAUGUAGUUAUUUAAUCAGUUAUUCGGUUCCUUUGAAGAACAUGUUGCUUUAGCAACCCCCAAAGUGAACCCAGAUACCCAGGACUACUGAUUGUUACAUCAGAGUUUUUGAAAACGCCAAUACUAGAAACAGGCCGACAGUUAAGCAGAGGCGGGCGGGACUGAAGCAGAGCCCGAGAACUGGGCUGGAGGUCCCAUGGUCCCGGGUUGGGGGGGUGGAGCAGCACUUCGUUGCCGCGGGGGUGCCGGGACUCCGGCCGCAGUGCCGCCACCAUCAUGGACUUCCUGUGGGACAAGCGCACGGGCCUCGCCGCCAGAACGAUGCCUCAUCCUCGAAGGUACCAUUCCUCAGAACGAGGCAGCCGGAGGAGUUACCGUGAACACUAUCGGAGCCGAAAACAUAAGCAACGAAGAAGCCGCUCCUGGUCAAGUAGUAGUGACCGGACACGACGGCGCUGGCGAGAGGACAGCUACCAUGUCCGGAGGAGGUGCAGCCAGACAUUUAGCCGCUCGUCUUCGCAGCACAGCAGCCGGAAAGCCAAGAGUGUAGAGGACGACGCUGAGGGCCACCUCAUCUACCACGUCGGGGACUGGCUACAAGAGCGAUAUGAAAUCGUUAGCACCUUAGGAAAGGGGACCUUCGGCCGAGUUGUACAAUGUGUUGACCAUCGCAGGGGUGGGGCUCGAGUUGCCCUGAAGAUCAUUAAGAAUGUGGAGAAGUAUAAGGAAGCAGCUCGACUUGAGAUCAACGUGCUGGAGAAAAUCAACGAGAAAGACCCUGACAAGAACCUCUGUGUCCAGAUGUUUGACUGGUUUGACUACCAUGGCCACAUGUGUAUCUCCUUGGAGCUUCUGGGCCUUAGCACCUUCGAUUUCCUCAAAGACAACAACUACCUGCCCUACCCCAUCCACCAAGUGCGCCACAUGGCCUUCCAGUUGUGCCAGGCUGUCAAGUUCCUCCAUGAUAACAAGCUGACACAUACAGACCUCAAGCCUGAAAAUAUUCUGUUUGUGAAUUCAGACUAUGAGCUCACCUACAACCUAGAGAAGAAGCGACAUGAGCGCAGUGUGAAGAGCACAGCUGUGCGGGUGGGAGACUUUGGCAGUGCCACCUUUGACCAUGAGCACCAUAGCACCAUUGUCUCUACUCGCCAUUACCGAGCACCAGAGGUCAUCUUUGAGUUGGGCUGGUCACAGCCUUGUGAUGUGUGGAGUAUAGGCUGCAUCAUCUUUGAGUACUAUGUGGGCUUCACCCUCUUCCAGACCCAUGACAACAGAGAGCAUCUAGCCAUGAUGGAAAGGAUCUUGGGUCCUAUCCCUUCCUGGAUGAUCCGAAAGACAAGAAAACAGAAAUAUUUUUACCGGGGUCGCCUGGAUUGGGAUGAGAACACAUCAGCUGGGCGCUAUGUUCGUGAGAACUGCAAACCGCUGCGGCAGUAUCUGACCUCAGAGGCAGAGGAACACCACCAGCUCUUCGAUCUGAUUGAAAGCAUGCUAGAGUAUGAACCAGCUAAGCGGAUGACCUUGGGUGAAGCCCUUCAGCAUCCUUUCUUCGCCCGCCUUUGGGCUGAGACACCCAACAAGUUGUGGGACUCCAGUCGGGAUAUCAGUCCGUGACCAUCAGGCCCUGGGCCUCCCUGCAUCUUUUAUAGCAGUGAGUGUCCAGUCCAGGACACUGGUGCUUUUUUAUAAAAGAGAACAGAGCCAGAGUUCACUCCUUCCUGCUGGUUCUCUAUAUACCUGUGAAUAUGUGAAACAGUAAAUAUGAAACAACUUGUACCUAUCACUUCAACCCCUGCGUUGUACAUAAUGCUAUUCCAUCCACACACUUUCCACCCUCACCUGCUCCCUCAUACAGAGUUGGAUGGGGGCCGAGUGAGGUAACCAGGUGGCAUCUACCCCAUGUUUUAUAAGGAAUUUUGUACAGUCUUUGUGAAAUGAAAUAACAUGCUUCAUUUGACACCCCCCAAAAAAAUUAGUUGGGCUUAGUGGUGCACACCUGUGGUUCCAGCUACUCAGGAAGCUUACACAGAAAGAUUGCUUGAGCCUUGGAGGCAGAGGUUACAGUGAGCCAAGAUUAUGCCACUGCACUCUAGCCUGGGUAAUAGAGCGAGACCCUGUCUCAAAAAUUAAAAAAAAAAAAAAAGUGAAGUGAGCCUCCCUAAAGGGCACCGUUGUUGGGAAGGCCUAAAUCUGGAAGUGCCUUCCAUUGAUCCUUCAGUGAGGAGUGCCUGACCCUUCAUGGAAUUUCUCUUUUCCACGUAAUAAUAGUCCGAAAGGUUUCAUGUGGAGGAGUCUUGACAGGUCGGGAGAGGGAGAGGCCCAACCUGCCUCUUAGGGUUUGGUAGAGUUUGGGAAUGUGAGAAAGGCCUGUUAACCAUGAGAAAAACUCCUAGUCCAAAGUAAAAUAAAGAAAA